UGCAAAUUAAAAAGGCACCUCGAAACAAAGCAUCCUGGCAUUAAAAAUAAGCCAGCUGAAUAUUUUAAAAGAAAGCUUGAUGGCCUCCAUCAGCAACAGGCAACCAUUUCAGUGCACAGCACUGUGUCUAAACAGUGUUUGGAGGCAUCGUAUGUAGUGGCCAAAAGAAUCGGUAAACUGGGUAAACCGCAUACAAUCGCAGAGACUCUCAUUUUGCCGGCAGCGCAAGACAUGUGCAGAAUAAUGAUAGGCGAUAGUGCAGCAGCCAAACUCGGUGCAGUACCACUGUCCAAUGACACAGUCGCUAGGAGAAUUGUAGACAUGUCCAAUGAUAUCAGAGAGCAACUGAUCGAGUUUGUAAAAAAGAGUCCUUACUACGCGCUGCAGCUGGACGAAUCCACUGAUAUUGCUGGGCAGGCACAGCUCCUCACCUAUGUCAGGUAUCUACGGGACAAGGCGAUUGAGGAGGAUGUACUGUUUUGCCGGCCUCUUCAGUUGCACACUACAGGAGAAGCCAUUUUCAAUGUCCUUAAUAUUUUUAUCCUUGAAAAUGGUUUGGCUUGGGACCGAUGCGUUGGCCUAUGCACGGAUGGUGCGCAAGCAAUGACGGGGCGUGAGCGUGGCCUAGCUGGUCGAGUUCAGCAAGUAGCUCCACUUGUGAAAUGGACACAUUGCAUGGUCCAUCGCGAAGCACUAGCUGCUAAAAAAAUGCCGGUUCUUUUUGACUCCGUGCUGAACCAAUACGUGAAAAUGAUAAAUCUUAUCAAAUCACGGCCGUUAAACUCUCGCUUGUUUGGGGUCCUCUGCCAGGAGAUGGGGUCAGGGCACGAACAGCUGCUUCUGCACACUGAAGUUCGCUGGCUCUCCAGGGGGCGGGUGCUACAGCGGUUGUAUGAGCUUCGAGAGGAGGUGAAGUGGUUUUUGACAGAAAUCAAAUCAGAUCUGGCGAAGCAUCUGGAAGACACUAUGUGGCUUGCGUCUCUGUCCUAUUUGGUCGAUAUAUUUGACCGCUUGAAUGGCCUCAACCUGUCUUUGCAAGGCCGCGGAACUCAUAUUUUGAUCCUUGCAGACAAAGUGCACGCCUUCACACAAAAACUAGACCUCUGGCAUGGCCGCAUCAGUCAAGGGAACUGCGACAUGUUUCCCAGCCUUGCAGACUUUAUCACUGAUGCAGGCACGUCACACGAUUUCUCAUCCCUAUUUCAAUCAGCGUCUGAGCACCUGUCAGCAAUGAGAAAACAAUUUGCGACGUACUUUAAAGAGGAUUAUCGCUCUUUUGCGUGGGUUCGAGAUCCGUUUGUGUGCACAGCAAACGAGCUAUCAAUUGAUAUGCAGGAACAGCUUAUUGAGCUGAAGAGUGACAGUAGACUGAAGGAACUCUUUAACCCCUGCCCUCUUUCAUCAUUCUGGGCAGCAUUGAUGCAGGAAUAUCCUGAACUCUGUGACGUCGCCAUGAAGAUUCUCCUUCCUUUCGCGUCGACAUAUCUGUGUGAGGCAGGAUUCUCAAAAAUGACUGCACUCAAAACGAAAUACCGCAAUCGUGCACAAAUCGAGGAUGAUCUGAGACUAUGUUUAUCAAACAUUGAGCCAAGAAUUGGGGAUCUUUGCAAGGCAAAGCAGGCUCAGAAGUAUGGAGGACCAGGAUCAGAAUUGAGUUUGACAGACUGGAAGGCUCAGGUAGAGAACCUGGCGGGACUACAGGGGCUGAGUGCCUCGCAGAAGACUCAGUUUGUGGUGAAUUCACUCGAAGGCAAGGCUAAAAGGGAAGUACAAGCCGCGCCUGAAGCAACCCGAGGCACUGCCCAAGCAAUCUUCGAUUUCCAGGUCGGGCAGUACAGUGACGCCACCCCGGUGGCCGUCCUGAGAGCCCAGUUCUUUAAUUGUAAACAAGGACCCAGGCAGACCCUGCGGGCUUUUGCCUUACGAUUACGGGAGCAGUUUGCUAGGUUGAAGGGGUGA